AUGGAAGCGGCUUCGCGCCAAAGGCGCGUCGAGAGCGCUGCUGGUGGUUCCAUUUCGCGACACAGACUUUACUCCAACAACAGCGACGAUAACGACAACAUCGAUGGGAAUCGCCCUGCACCCGUUCGUCCCUCUACGCAUCGCGCCACCAAAUCAACCCCACGCGCGGCGGCGGAGGCCGCAAGGCGACUCUCUGUCGACCCCGUGGACGAGCGAGCCAUGGGCAAAGUUCGGUUGGAAGUGGAAGCGCUUCGGGAUAAACUGAGCGAGGCCGACUUAGCCAAGGCCCAAGCGCAGGUUCAAUUGCAGCGGCAAGGCGCGGACAUGGCCAAGCUGGAGCGAUACAUUGGCCAGCUGACGGAUGAACGGGGGGGCGUUGAUACUUGUGUGCUGGAAAGCAUCGUCAAAGACAUCGAGAAGAGUUCACGAAUGAAACACGCCAUGGAGCAGGUGGCAGACCUCAAGGCCGACCUCAGUCUCAAGGAGAAACAGGUCGCCGCGCUCCGCAAGUCGCAAGCCGUCGAGUACACCCUGAAACUCGCAGAGGAGAAGGAGGCGCUUCAAGUCAGGGUCGAGCGGCUCAUCGCGGAAUCGAACAGCAAGCACGACAGCGGAAUCAGAGGCCGCACAACGUCGUUCAAUUCAGCGUCGUCGUCGCAGAAAGAGCAAUCAGCGGCCUCAAACGAGGCUAGCCUGGCCGAGCUGGAGAGACUGCGAGCGCAGAACUUGAAGAUGCGCAAGGAAUCGGCGCGUCUUCGCGCAGAGCUGGAACUAGUCGAGAUGCGGGGGGACAGCGGCAGCGGCCGCGAACACGGCAGCCGCAGCCAGAAUCGUGAUAACAUGGACAGAGGUCGUGCUAGGCAACAUUGCCACUCCGACGGGGCGAGGUUUUACGAGGGCCAGGCCGUAGAAUGCCGCAAGCAGGGUUCGGAUUCGUGGCUUCCGGCUACCGUAGACUCCGUGCGGCUGACGAUCGAGCCGUUAGGCGGCGGUGGCGACGGCGGCGGCGGCGGCGGCGGCGGCGGCGGCGACAGCCGCGGGAGUCACAGGACCUACAUGUACGGCGUUUACUUCGACGGCGAGGAGACUGGACGAAGGGAGGACGUCCCCGAGUUCCGCAUCCGAGCAGCGGCCAGCGGUGAUGGCAACGGUCCCGGCCUGGGCUCGAGUCGGGUUGUUAGAGACUGCGACGGGGAGACGGUCAUUCGCUCGAGGGUCUUCGGCGCCGGCGAUCUUGUGCUCGUUCGUGACGGUGGCGGCGGCAGGACCAACCAGGACAACAAGAAGUGGACCCUGGGCGAGGUGAUACGGAGGAACGACAACGGCACCUACCGCGUGCUUGUGUCCGGCGGACAGGCCGAGGGCAAAGACUUCCACCCCACCAUGCUCCGCGCUCAGGACGGCCCGAAGAACAGCUUUGACAGCGGCUGUGACGUCCACGAUCAACCUGGAGCUUCUCAGACGAAGACGAAGGCCACUUCGCCGGCCGAGGAGGCCGAGAUCCGGUACGCGGAGAGACGGGAGGAGCUCUUAGAGCUGGCGCGCGGCGAUCUACCGGCACCCCUCCAUGUCGGGCAGGAGGUCAUCGCGAAGAGCGGGGGCUCGACGGUGUGGAGUUCCGGCGUUGUGGUGGCCACCGACAGUGACAACCUACGCUGCCGCGUCGAGUUUGACUCCGGCGACGUCGAGGAUAACCUGCCGUGCAUCUUCGUCCGGCCUCGCAGGGGCGGAGACCUGGCCCCCGGCGGCGACGCCCGCACCGGAGACGCUGUUCUAGCCCAGAAAACUAGGAAGCAGGACACGAGGAGCGGCGACAGGGGGGACUGGUUCGCGGCGCGGUUCAGGAGCUACGACGAGGACGAUGCGGACUCUUGCUACGUUACUUUCGACGGCGAGCGCGCGUCGUCUAGGCUGCAAGCGACGAGAGUGCGAUUCCUUUAUCCUAGCGCGCGGGGUGGGGGGGGCAGGAGGAACGACCGCCCCGGCGACGACGACGCAAUGAUCCCUGGAAACCCCCCUCCCCCGACGAAGCCCGUGCGCGCCAAGAAGCACCGGGAGGGGGACAUCGUUCUGGCGUGCAUCCCCACAGUCAAGAAGUGGACGCCCGCCGUAAUCACGGGGGUGAAGGGGCACGGUCGCUACUCCGUGGAAUGGGCGGACUUCGUGCGGGAGAAACCCCUCCUGUUCAUGCACAUCGCGUCCAUGCAGGGGCCCUCGAGAAAGCGCGCGAUUUCCGUCGGACACAAGAAGAGCAGCGACGACAGCGCGGACAGCCACCACGCCACCACCCGCGCGCCUGCGAGCGGUGCGAGCGGUGGCGGCGACACCGGCAGCGAUGAGAGGCGGAGCCGCGUCCUGAGCGCCGAGAGCUCAGCGGGCGGCAUAACCCCGUCGGUCCGUCUUCGCCAACGCGCACUCAACGUGGGCGAACCCGUCCUCGCGAAGAAGGCGCCGGACCAAGGCUUCUGGAGCCCCGGCAGCGUCACCAGGGCCGACGGGGGCGGCCGGUACGAUAUACGGUUCACGGACGGGACGACGGCCGAAGAUCUAUCGUUCCUGUUUGUGCGAGGGCUGAGCGCGGAGCAAAGCAGCGGGGAUGACCGGGGCGGCGAGGUGGACACGCGCAGCGGCAGGAUCACCAGCGAUACUUCAGAAAUGCACCCCUCCGGCGAGAGGGAUCCGGUUGUCGGGGAUUCGGUGUACGUGCUCAAGCGUGGCCACUCCGUAGAGAUUACCUCGCAAGAUAUGCACAACAGGGACCUGUGGCGGGUGGCCACGGUCACCGCCGUCGCGAGCGGCCGCUAUACCGUGCAGUAUAACGGCGAGGAGGGUAAGCCCAAGGAGUCGAGGGUCGUCGCAGAGCGCCUACGCGUCAGGAACGUCAUCAGGCAGAAGGCAGUGCAGAUGGGCGAUGCGGUUUUGGCGCUGUCCAAAACUCCCGGUCGCGGGUGGGUCAUGGGGGCUGUCACCGCGCGCGGAAGCGACGGGAAAUACACGAUAUCCUUCACGGACGGCACCGAGUCGGACCAGAUCAGGUUUGUCAAUCUUCGACGUGUUGUUGGCCAUGCGGAAGGAGAGGAAAAGGACGACCACAACGACAAGCCGUCGCCGCGCGCCAUCCGGCAGCGAAGGUUCAAGAAGGGCGAGCUAGCCCUCACGAAACACUCGGAGACGCGCAAGUGGGUCAUUGUGAAGGUGCUGGAGGCUCUUCCCUCGGGAAGGUACGACCUACAGUUCCUUGAAGAAGGAAGCCCCAACGCCCUCGGGGUACCAUUCCAGCAUAUCCGGCACCUAGAUCUCGCCUGCUUCGCUGGGGAUAGCCAGGGCGCCACUGGGAACGGCGGCGGCGGCGGCGGCGGCGGAAAGCGUAGCCCUCGUGACGACAUGGCGGUUGGGGAGCGUAUACCAACAGAAUCGCACACGAUGUCCGACGAAGGCUGGGACGGCAACAACGGACACGACUACCACGCACACAGCGGCCACCGCAGCAGAGGCGGCAGCGAGGAAGGGUAUCACCAAGAGAAAAGGGUCGAAAAGCCGCGGCAGCAGCGUGAAGCGUCGGCGGGUGGCGGCAGCACCGACUACGACGAGAGAGACGAAACACCACGCAACCGGCGUGAGGGAGACGGAAAUCGAGGUGCUUCUUCGGAGACCAGACCUCUGACCAUCGGCUCAGAUGUGUAUGUGUUGAGGCGAGGCAAACGGCAAGACGCCGACCUUCAGGACAAGACGUCAUGGAGGUCCGGCAAGGUGGUCUUCGUCCGGAGCAACGGCACCUUCGCGGUGGAGUACGACGAAGACGGCUCCCCAAAGGAAGACCGCAUCGCCGAAAACCGCCUUCGUCGCCGCCUCAAUAACAACGACAAGGACGGCGGCGAUGGAAACGGCAGCAACAACAACAGAAACGGCAGCAACAGCAGCAACAACGAUUUCGGCCGCUACCAAGAUCGUGUGGGAAGCGAUGAGGAGUACGGUGACGACUUCCACCGCCAAGACAACAAAUUCGAGGCAGGCGACAUGGCCUUCGCGCAGACCAGGGGUUGGGGGAGGAAGAACUGGACGAGGGUCACAGUGGACGCAUACCUGGGAAAGGGCUUGUACCGCGUCGAAUUCGCCGAUGGCUCCGGCACAAAAGAGCUGGAUUCGAAAAAACUGAGCCACACGGACCCUUCUGGCACCACGCACAAAUCGAAAUCUUCGGCUCGGGCAAAGACUGACCCUCAAUCUACGAAAUCGCGCUGGCUGGAUGCGGGAGACCCAGUCGUCGCCCGCAGGGCCGCAUCGUCGAACGACGACGGGGCAAGCGGGAGGAAGUGGGAAGCGGCGAAGGUCGUCAAGGUCAUCGAUGAAGAGUACUACAGUGUACUAUUUUCAGGUGACCCCGAACCCGUGCGCGUCCACUUCACCGAGGUGAAACCUCUCGAGGACCACGCCGCCGACAACAGCCGACUCGUAACAACAGGCCUGUUUCUUCGCGUGACGGAGCCAUCGUUCGACCUGAAGAUCGCGGCGUCGGCGGCGCGCCACACCUCUCCGCGCCUCAUCUUGGCAACCGGAGAGCGGGCAAACGAGCACGACGCUCUCUGGCUCCACCACAAGAACAUCGACAACGACGAAAACGACGACGACGCGUGGUCGAACGGCAGUAAAAGAGUCCAACGCAACCGCAACCACAACGACGGUACCAAGGCGGUAGGCUUCCUGAGCCGCGGCGCAGCCCGUCCGGGCAGCCGGAACCCGUCCUGGAGGGACGGAGAGUUCUGGCUGUCGCUGAAAGGGCUAGACGACCCCGCGCUUUUCGUAGCGUUGGAGGACGGGAAGAAAGUACAGGAGCAACGCGGAGGGGGGCGGGGAGGUUGGAAACGGGGAGAAGGAGGGCAAGGAGGGGUUGCGUUCUUGGCGGAGGCGUGCAUCCCCGUCCCACUGGAAGACUUGCGCGGUGGCGGUGGGGGGGGCGGCCGCGGGCGGCAGCGGCGCAAUGGGACCGUCGAGGUGGAGCUACUAGAUGGAGCAGGCGUGGUGACUCUGCAGUGGAGCUUGCACGAGGAUACGUCGAAGAUGCAGUAG